AUGGCAAACGAACCACGUGGAGCAUGGGCACGACCCCGUCCCUCAACCUCACGCACACCUCAACAACCACGGUCUUCGAACGCAUCGCCCGCACCCGCAUCCUCCUCCUCCACUGCUGCACCUGCUGCCGCGGCCGCCGCCGCGAAACCUGCUACUACACCAGCCGCACCCGCAGCAAACGUGUGGGCUCAACGGGCGGCAGCACAAAAGCCUGCUUCUGCUGCUGCGGGCAAGGCUGCGAAGAAAGAGCAAGGCGGUCCAGCUGCUGCAACACCGGCGGCGCAUGAGAAGCAUGUGCCGGUGAAUAACUUUAAUGAUGGUGAGGUCAGGCAGAUGAUGGGACAAGGAGCGACGAGCUCUGUGUACAAGGUGGAAACAAGUGCGAAGACAUUAAAUCCAGCCAGCAUGGCAAACGGGAAGAAUUUUUGGACUCAUUUAGAAGAGCAAGUCGCAGCUGCUCGGCAAAAGGAAGGCGAGAAGCAGUAG